AUCAUGUAGACUGAUGCUGAGGAGCGUGGACUGCGCUGCAAACCCCCUUCCCGCUAUAGGCAGACACGCUGAUGAAAAAAAAAGUCAACACGCCUUUAAAUAGAAGCAUAUUGUCAUCCCGACUGCUGUUAUCAGACUGCAAGAGCGGCGACGGAUCCGCUCACAAUCCAUUGCCUCACUGCGAGACCGAAGAAAUAGACUUUAAAUUCUUCCAUUCCACAUACACUUGCACACAACAACAGUAAACAUGCCGAGCAAGAGAAAGAAGAACAAGCGCCGAAUGAGAAGAGUGCAGGCCCAAAGAAGGGCCCUAGAGGAGCAGUACACCUCCUCUGGGAAGGGAACACCAGGAGUGUGUGCCGUCUCGGCCCCAGUUCCUGAACGGAUUCCAGUCUCUAAAACCUCAGAGAGUCCUGUUACAGUCCCAAUUCCUCCUCCGGUGGUAGCUCCUGUUGAAGUUCCACUUGCAGAACCGGUCGUGUUAGAGCUGUCAGUCACGGAUGGCAUCAAAGACAAAGUGGUAAAAGCUGCAGAGGACCUAGAACAAACCCUUGCAGAAACCCUCAUAAAAGAGACAGCUGUGAUUGACAAAGACGAAAAUGUAACCAUUCCAGUAUCAGAGGUCAUUUCAUCUAUAGAUGAGCCAGUGUUCAUUCCUGCUAAAUCUGAGAUCCAGUUUGAGGAAACUACACCUGUAGCCACAGAGACAUGUGUUGUAUCUCCACCAUUUGAGGCGGUUGACACUAAGUGUGAAAUUCCUGCUGAUGAUCCAGUGAUACAUCUUCCAGUACCAAAGGAGACGGUGCCUGCAGCUCAAAUUGAACAAUCUGGGACAGAAAAGGUAGCUGAAGAUGUGCCUGCAGCUGAAGCUGCCUCAGAAGUGGACGGACCUGUAGUUGAGCCUGUCUCCGACGCUCCAGUUGAAGCGGACAGACUUGUUCUUGAGCCUGUCAUUGAUGCUGCAGUUGAAGUGGACGGACCUGUUCUUGAGCCUGUCAUUGAUGAUGCUGUGGAAGUGGACGGACCUGUAGUUCAGCCUGUUGUCGAAGCUGAAGCCAUAACUGUUGAAACUGAGCCUCCAGAAGUCCACGCAGUUGCAAAAGUGACAGAGGAUGUAUAUCCAAAGCCUGAAGCAGAAGAAUUUCCAGUGGAAGCUGCAGUACCUACAGAAGCUUUAGUGGAACCAGAGCCACAGCAGCUGGAGCAACCAAUCCCACUGCAGGAACCCACGCUUUCGGUUGAGUCCACUAUUGACCCCAUCGCUGAAGAAUCUGUUGUGGCCGAAGAGCCAGUCGUAGCUGUCAACACAACCACUGCAGAGGAACAGAUUCCUGGAACAGCGGAUGCCCCAGAGGUUUUGUCAGAGACGCUGACAGAAACGAUUCCUGCUUCUGAGCCUCUGCCUGUGCCUGUAGCAAAAGAGAUCAUACAUGCUCAAGAUGAAUUUAUGGCACAAGUAGAAGCUGAAACCAUAAAGGACUUGGCAGUGGCUACUAGCCGAAAUGUGGAUGCCAUGAAUGGAUGUCUGGGAGUUACAGAAGUUGCAAUCGAAAGUUAAAGUGCCUAUGCUUCAUAGGACGUAAAUGGAUGGCUGAAAUGUCAGGAAACCUUUCAAAGUGCCUUUCUGUGCUGAUUCUCACCUAAAAUCUGACAAAGAUGUGUGUGACUGUUCUUCACUGGUGGAGUUUUUCUGAACUUCCGACUAAUUUCCAUAUGCAUGUACAGUAGAUUUGCAGGCGUUAUACAUUGCAUAUCUAGUAAAGUAAAAUGGAUGGGUGUUGCUAAUUUCUGUUUUUACUUGGACCAUUUUGUAAUUGGGUAUAAAUACUUCUUGUUGUAUUUGUUUAAUUUGAUCAGAUGACUUGGAGUGGAGUGCUUUCUCAAUAAAGCACAACUUCAAAUAAUAUUAUCAGCACUUCUGUACCCCCACAACCAUCCACAUAUGCCUUUCUCGAAAUAUAAAUAAAGGGAGGUUUAAAAUAA